CCAGUGACGUCCAUUGUGGACUCAAAUGACAAUGGCAAGGGGACUAAUAAUUGUCAGGGUGUCAGGGUGAUGGCUGAGAUGUUGGCUUGGGCUUAGGUUUUGAUGUUUUUUUUCCUACUCCAUUUUUGUUGGCAAGAUUCUGCAAACUGUUAGCUUAGUUUCUAGUAUGCCCUUGAAUGUAAUUUUUUAUCAUGCACUUAGGAAAGGGACUGAAUCCAAUGGAUAUUACUGGCACGCCUCAUUCUUCUUUGUGGCUUGGUGAGAAGACCCAGGCCUCGGAGUCUGACGGAUAGAUUGUGGUCCAAAUCCUCACUCUGCCCCUUAGUGGCAGUCUGGCUUUGGGCAGGGUAUCUUGCUUAUUAAGUUUGAGGUUCAUCCUCUGGAAAAUGAUGGUAAUAUCGUCUGCCUUGCUGAGUAGUUUCGAGGAUUCAACGAAGUCCUGUUUAAGGAGCACCUGUUCAGUGCAGGCACUGCUCUAAGCCGUGAGUGCACAGCGAGGCACCCUGGCCCUCCGGGAUUUCCAUCCUGGUGGCAGCGGUCAAACAAGAACUCAGAUGAUAACAGCAACUAAAUUAAUUGGCACUUACUACAUGCCAGACACUGUAUUACGCACUUUAUAGAUAUUGAACUCAUUUAAUUCUCCUAACAACCCCAUGAGGCAAGUACUACUGUUUCUCCCAUUUUGAGGAAACUGAGUCAUAGAGAGGUUAAUCCUGGAGGAAUCAGGAUUUGAACUGAGGCCGUUUGGCUCUGGAGGCAGCAUUUUUAACCAAGACCUUCUGCUCCCUCUCUUAACCAUCUAAACAAGACAGUGACAUCUGCAUCUAGUCAUUAGAGGUUUUGUUCUAUCAAUUGGCUAAGGCUGUCUCAAAAAGAAGCCCCUGUUUCAAGCCAGACAUUAAAAUGUGCAAGCUAUUCUUCCUUGGCUACAGACAACUUUCAUCUCACUGAGAAUUUCCGUAGAUAUAAAAAUCUGUAUUUUGUUAUGGAUCAGCAUAUAUCAAGAACAUAAACAAAUAAUAUUUGUAUCUCAUUCAAGCUAAAGUAACAAGUUGUUUUUGUAGAAAUAAUGGCAUUGCAAAUGGGUAUGUAAAUAUCUAAUUUGAUUUAAAAGGUGGUAGAAUUUCCAACCAAAACACUAUGUUGCAGAGCAAUGCCUAAAAAGGCAGUUAUGUGCUCCCUGUGCAAAUCACAGGGAAGAUUUUAGGUGGGAUAAUUUAUGUAUGUAUAUAUAUAAAUAUAAAUACACACAUAAAAUUGAAGGGGCACUAAAACUGACGUGUUGACUUGAGAAAAAACAAAGGGUACUUUGCUCAAGUCAGCAGAAUUUUACAAAUUUUGGUAUUAUUCACCCUGAAGUAACUAGAGUCUAUUUUCCUGGUUCUAUUGAUUAUUGGCACAGCCAAUAGAAAAGAUCUUGGUCAUGUUAUAGCUAUGUAUUUUUACCUUAGACUUUUUAAGGAAAAAAAAUAGUGAAAAAAAAGAUCCUUUCCUCUCCUUUGCCUCAUCAGAUGGGACGCUUGGUUUCCUGGCCCAUCUGAUGCCACAUUUUGUUAAGCUGAGUGGCUUUGCAUCUGUCUGCCUUGCUGUGACAGGGCAGAAAUAGCUACCUCACAAAAGGACUGUGAAGCUUGGGUCAUUUGUGUGAAUAAAGGUUUCUGCUAGGUUGUAGCUUUUUUUGAAUGGGGUCUCGAAAGGGUAAAGAGAUGUGUAGAAAUUGAAGCGAGCUCAGAGGAGAACCAAAGAAAAUGAGUAAGGCAUUGGAGAAGGAGCCCUGUGAGCACAGAAAGGGUUCUGCAGCAUUCCAGACCUCGAGCACUGAAUCAGGAUGGGAAAAAGACGUUGUGUUCCUCCACUCGAGCCCAAGUUGGCAGCAGGCUGUUGUGGGGUCAAGAAGCCUAAGUUGUCUGGAAGUGGAACGCACAGUCACGGGAACCAGUCCACAACUGUCCCCGGCUCUAGUUCAGGACCUCUUCAAAACCACCAGCAUGUGGAUGGCAGCAGUGGUCGGGAGAAUGUGUCGGACUUAACUCUGGGACCUGGAAACUCUCCCAUUACACGAAUGAAUCCCGCAUCGGGAGCACUGAGCCCUCUCCCCCGGCCCAACGGAACUGCCAACACCGCCAAGAAUCUGGUGGUGACUGCAGAGAUGUGCUGCUACUGCUUUGACGUCCUCUACUGUCACCUCUAUGGCUUCCCACAGCCUCGACUUCCUAGAUUCACCAAUGACCCCUAUCCGCUCUUUGUGACAUGGAAGACAGGGCGGGACAAGCGGCUUCGUGGCUGCAUUGGGACCUUCUCAGCCAUGAAUCUUCAUUCAGGACUCAGGGAAUACACGUUAACCAGUGCACUUAAGGACAGCCGAUUUCCCCCGCUGACCCGAGAGGAGCUGCCUAAACUUUUCUGCUCUGUCUCCCUCCUUACUAACUUUGAGGAUGCCAGUGAUUACCUGGACUGGGAGGUAGGGGUCCAUGGGAUUCGAAUUGAAUUCAUCAAUGAAAAAGGCGUCAAACGUACAGCCACAUACUUACCUGAGGUUGCUAAGGAACAAGACUGGGAUCAGAUCCAGACAAUAGACUCCUUGCUUCGAAAAGGUGGCUUUAAGGCUCCAAUUACCAGUGAAUUCAGAAAAACCAUCAAACUCACCAGGUACCGAAGUGAGAAGGUGACAAUCAGUUAUGCAGAAUAUAUUGCUUCUCGACAGCACUGUUUCCAGAAUGGCACUCUUCAUGCCCCGCCCCUCUACAAUCAUUACUCCUGACACACGGCUGCAUGACCAGUCCCACCCCCCUGUGGCCACCAAUGGCUAUGACAUCAUUGGAGCAGAUGCCUCCUCUUCCUGGUCCAGUUACUUCUAUUACUGCACCAUUUUAUGAUGCUAGCUUCCGUUGCCAAGUCUGCCUCCAGCUGACUGAGGGGGGGGUGGGGUUAUAUUGAAUGAAACAGAACUUGAGGGGCCCAAGCCUUAUCUCAGCCUUUCCUCAAUAUGGGGUUCCGUUGGAUUGGGGCUCCUCCGUGACUAGUGAGAAUUACCGUGUGGGUUCAGAAGACCCUUGGCAUGCAGGUGCCACUGGUGAUUUGCCACCUGUGUGAUGGCCACACAAUGGAAGCUGGAAUUGAUGAUCCAUGAAGGCUUACCCCACACACACCCCAACAGCCUCCCCAGAUCAAGUAGGUGUAUUCCCUUGGCAGUCUGGGCAACGGAGACCAACAAAAAACAUUUUUAGGUUGUUUUAAAUUCCUUUUUUUAAACUUCCAGUUUAUUGCGUACCAAGAGUUGAUCACAACCUCCAUGCUUCAUAAGUGGACGCCAUGUUAGGGUUGAACGUGGGCACCAUGAGUCCUUCGAGGCUCCUGGACAGAGACCCACAUCAAGAUCGGAAGCCCUUUGGAUGGCGUUGCAGAUCUCAUUGCUCAAUUAGCCUCGAAAGUUUUAAUUCUCAUCCCACUAUCAGUUGGAUUUUCUGGCACUCUUUCUGCAUUGAGUCUCCUGGUAUUGAACGGAGCUCUGUGGUGUAGCCUGCUGAGGAAUGGACUGGGAUGCUCACGGGAGGUCUUGAUGUCAUCGCUGCAUGCAGUGUGAAAGGAGAGACCUCUUCCUUACCACCAGGCUACCUCAUUCCUCUACUGGUAGCAGUGCCUAUAGUUGGAUCUAGGUUCUCAGAAGGCAUAGUUGUGCACACAAGCACUUGGGUUGGGUUUUAGAAGGACAUGUCAUAGGAGAGAAUCCAGGGUCUCCAAGCUGUUUCUCUUUUCAGGCAAAUAUCCUGAGGGACUUGUAAGCAGAGGAGUUCCUUUUUCUAAUUUGCCUGUAAAGGUGGGAAGACUAUUGAUGUUUUAGUCCUUUACAGGACUUUAGAGCAAAGCUGUGUAAUUAAACAAGGUGAAUCUUUAUCUUGCCUAACACACUGGGAAUCUUCACCCCACCAGGGCAAAGUUCCAGAAAGCUCAUUUUAUUCUAGGUCAUUCAGACUUUCAUGUGGCAUAUUUCUCUUUCCCAUUGUUGCUGAUUCCAAAUAGCUGUCAGCAAGUUUCUCCUCUCUCUUGCCUAUUCUUCACUCAUUUGAUGGCAAAGUUCAUAGAAGUUGGGGACUUGGAAGAUGCUUUGAAAACAUUGUCACAGAGGCACUGCUGAAAUGAUUCACAGGAAGAGGUGGCCAGUUGGAAGAAAGGACCCUAAGGGUGAUACACUGGUUUUCAACAACAUGCUUAGAGAACUGUUGAAGUGGAUUGGGUGUCAACCCAGUGAACACAAUGUUUUGAUUUAAUUUAUUUUUUAAAGUUUAUGUGGUGAUGGUGUGGCUUUCUGAAAUGGGCAAAUAAUUCAAGUCAAAAGAUCUUUUGAAUUUUCUUCUGCCAGGAAUCAGGGGAGGGGGAGCAGGGACACAAUCUAAGAAACGAUACACAUGCUGUUCUAGGCAUUGCUGUCUCAUUUCUUGGAAGAGCUGGAUAAGGGUAAGCAGAUUUGCUUGGCACCAUCCUCUGCUGUUCACGAGGAUACAGAACGUGCAAGGGAAAAGUGGGUUGAUGUCAGGAUGCCCAGGCCAGGCCGCAUCACUUCAUCUUACUGUUGUGCUGCGUUCUCGCACCCUGCUGCUUUUCCCUUGCAAUGUCAAUGGAAAAAAGAUUUUGAAGAUGAAGGGGUUGUUUCAUGAUUUCCUGCUGCUGAGAAUAAUAAAUGUCUUGUUAGAAACAAAUGUGACGACAGUUACUCUUAGGUGCCAUGGAUUGAUGUCAGGGUGGUCAGCUCUGGACUAAGCCACCCACCUCCAAUUUGUACAACAGUAUUGAUACAUAGGGCUACACUCAUUACUGUUCAAGUGUUCUAUGUUAAAAGUUGUGUUUAAUUUCUAAAGAUUAAAAAAAGCAAAAAAAUUGGUGCUAAACUUUCACCCCUGAGCACGCUCAGUGAGACUGGUCAUGCAAGCAUUUACAGUGCCAUGCUCUUCAAGCCUAUUUUUUCUUGUAGAAAUGUUGCCCUAUUUGUCUUCUUCCGUGUAUAGUAUGUUUUUUAUUUUAUUUUAUUGAGGGUGGGAUAGGAUACCUGCCAUUUAAGAAAAUGAACAGAAAAUUUAAAAACCCACAAAAUGGGGAAAAAAAAUCAGUGCACAAGAAUCGGGCUGGUGAAGCCCAGCACCACACUGAAGUGGGCUCAGUGGUUUUUGGAGUGAAGAAGCCUUACUCCCUGCACAUUCCCUCAUGCUCCCAUACAAGUCCAGCAAUGGGGAUACUCAAGGUCCUCUUGCCUUUCAGGGGGACUCAGGAGUCAACCAAGGAAAACUGUCUGGCCCUGUGAGGAGUGGCACCAUUAGUGUCUGUCCUGAAUGGGGCCUAGUCAGGAAGCGGUCUGGAAGCGUACGGUCAUGGUCACCUCGUGAAGAUGUGUGGCAGGUGGCUCUCAGGAAAAAUACUAAGUCUGGAUCAUCCAUGCGGCAGCUUUGCAUAGGGAGAUGACAGCUCCGAACUGGAAUUGAACUGCCUUCCACGCGCUUGACCAAAGCAGUGAUGAGGGUGGCCGAUAAAUGUAGUGUGAGUGGUAGGUUUCAAGAGAAGGGAAUGUUUUCUGCUUGGUGUUUCCUUUGUCCUUGGGCUGCUCGAGCUGAACAGUAGGUAACCACUGUUUCCAAGGAACCAUCCCAACGUGGCUGGUUUGGUUCGGAGUUUGUUUCAUCCCUAGCUGUGAGUGCCUUUUGGUCUGGAAAGUUGACUUGUCUCAUAAUACCCACAGCUAGGACAUUCUCUCUGUAAUUAUGAAUUGUCCUUGUUUUACAUUAACUAAAAAAGAAUGUCUUUGAUCACUAGAGUUUGUCGUGUUGGAUUGUUUCCACUGUGAGGUUCUUAAACUUUUUUGCUUCAUAAUAUUAAAGCAACUCAUGUUAGAGAUCCUUUCAACAUGAAAGGUUUGUAGUUGAGACAUUACAUAUAUUUUAUUGUUUAUAAUAAAAAAUCAUCUAUACAGAAGUCCUGGGUGUUAAUUUUAAUAUUUGCACAAGAUCUGUUUUCCAUGAUAUGUUAACACCUACAAUUUCACUAACUGUUGAUGUUAUUUUCUAUUGAGAUUCUGGAGCCUAGGAAGCUAUGUGUUCUUUUUGUUUGUUUUCAUUCUUAUUUCCCUGAAGCAAGAGACUUUGUAUGGCCUUCAGUGCAAAGACUUCAGACCAAUUCUUUGUAUUACACUUGGUUGCCUCUUGGCUAUAUAACUUCAGAGUGCAAAUCAUUGAACUCUUUAACAAAAUAUUGUAGAGAAUAAAUCAUAAUGGGUAAAAAUU